AUGGAUUAUGAAAGGGAUAUUAAUGUCAUUCGUUGUGAUGGAAAUCUCAAGAAAGUUCAAGAGACAAAGAGAUAUUAUGAUCCUUUGCAAUAUCCUAUAUUGUUUCCAUUUGGGACGCAUGGUUGGGACAUCAACACAACAAAUUGCAAUGGACAAAGAGUGUCAUGUCGAGCAUAUUACAGUUACAUGCUUCAGAUUCUCCCAAAUGAUCAAUCAAUGUUGUUACAUGCGGAUCGACUGUUGCAACAAUAUGUUGUAGACAAUUAUGUAAAAAUUGAAUCAGGGAGAUUAAGGUGGAUUAAAGAGCACCAAAGUGAUAUACGUUCUGAAUUGUACCAAGGUUUACAUGAUGCUUUGCAUGUUGGUGAAACUAAUGCAGAGAACAUUGGAAAAAGAACAAUAUUGCCAUCACCAUUUAUUGACGGUCGUCGAGACAUGAUACGACGUUAUGAAGAUGGCAUGGCUAUUGUUCUUAAUGGCGGUAAACCAAAUAUUUUUCUAACAAUGACAUGCAAUCCUUCUUGGAGUGUGAUAACAUCAGAACUUUUGCCUUUUCAAACACCACAAGAUCGUCCAGAUUUGCUAACAAGAAUAUUUCGUUCGAAAUUUGAGAAAUUGAAGGAUGAUGUUAUUAAUAAAGGAGUCUUGGGUAAAGUUAAAAGCUACAUGUAUGUCACUGAAUUUCAAAAGCGAGGACUGCCGCAUGUGUAUAUGUUGUUGGUCUUAGAAAGUAACGACAAGUUGCGUGACCUAAAAGAUUAUGAUAGUAUGGUAAGAGCAGAAAUACCUAAAUUAGAAUGUGAACCACAGUUGCAUGAAGUCGUUGUACGACAUAUGAUCCACGGACCUUGCGGCAUAAUCAACCGAAAGUCUCCAUGUAUGAAAGACGGACAUUGUAAAAAAAGGUAUCCCAAACAAUUCUUGGAUGAAACACGUCAAGGCACUGACUCAUAUCCCGAGUAUAGGAGAAGGUUUGAUGAGUCUGUAUCGUUAGGUAAAGAUAGGUUUGUUGAUAAUAGAUGGAGAUUUGUAAUAGCAUUUAAAGUAUCAAGUAUCUAUACAAAAUAUGUGUACAAGGGCCCUGAUCGUGUGGCUAUGGAGGUUCAUAAAGGAUCAUACAUGGAUGAAGUUCAGCAAUAUGUUGAUGCAAGAUGGAUUUGUGCUCCCGAGGCAUUAUGGAAAGUAUUUCGAUUCACUCUUUAA